AUCUUCUCAUUGCUUGUGUUCCUCCGCAGCCGCCCUCUCAUCGUGCCCCCCUCCGCUCCCACUUCCCUUUAUAUCGGCAGCCCAUGUAACGGCCAUGGAGAUCUCGGGACUCCGCUCUCUGGUGAAGCACCUCAAGACCAUGCUCUCCUCCACCUCCUCUUAUCCCUUUCCUCCUUCUCCUCCUCUCUCCUCUCCCUAUAAAGCCCUGCACCUUGGCCCUUCCCGAACCCUAAUCCCUCUCCUUCUUUCCGGCCGAAUUCGUCUCUCCGCCGUGGCCUGCCUCCUCCCCCGCCGGUGCCACCGCCAGAUCCGCCUCCCCCUCCCUGGCUUCCUCUGCCAUCCGACCGUCGAUCGCUUCCCCCGGCCCUUCUCCUCCAUCUCUUCCGACCCGGUGUUCGAGCGACGGGAGGAGCGGCAGCAGCCCACAUCGUCCUGCUCCGCGGACGGCGAGUACCAGGACCACCUCUUGCAGGUCCAGCAGGAGAAGCAGAGCCGGUUCGUCCCCGUUAAGGCCUACUUCUUGUGCACCAGUAUUGAUUUGAGGAGCUUGCAGGCUCAGAAUGCGUUCAACGUUAUUCCGCCUACAUCCCGCGCCACCAAUUACGUUGUCCUUCGAUACUAUGAUGUUAAGAACGACCCUCAUGUUAUGGAGUCUGGUUUUCCAAAUGAGAGUGUUUGUCACUAUAUGGUAGUUUUUCACUAUGGUUCUGUUGUUUUGUUCAAUGUCACUGACCAUGAAGCUGAUGGGUACCUGAAGAUUGUUGAAAAACAUGCAUCAGGUUUGCUACCAGAGAUGAGAAAGGAUGAUUAUGCUGUAGUCGAAAAACCAACUCUGGAGACUUGGAUGGAAGGUGGACUUGACUACAUAGUGCUUAAAACUUUGAACAUAGAUGGUAUUCGGACCAUUGGAAGUGUUCUUGGUCAAAGCAUUGCUUUGGAUUACUACAUCCGGCAAGUUGAUGGAAUGGUAGCUGAGUUCACAGGUAUCAACCGGGGUUUGGAGAAAACUGGAACCUUUACCAUGAAAAGGAAAAAGCUUUUUCAGUUAGUGGGGAAAGCAAAUUCAAAUCUGGCUGAUGUCAUUCUCAAACUUGGUCUUUUUGAGAGGUCAGAUAUUGCUUGGAAGAAUGCUAAAUAUGCACAGAUAUGGGAGUAUCUCAGGGAUGAAUAUGAGCUAACACAGAGAUUUGGAAAUCUUGAUUUUAAGUUGAAGUUUGUUGAGCACAAUAUUCGCUUCCUCCAGGAAAUUCUUCAGAAUAGGAAGUCUGUUUUCCUCGAAUGGCUAAUCAUUGUUUUGAUUGCUGUGGAGAUCCUCAUCUCUCUUUAUAACAUCUUUUUUCAUCCAACACCAGUAGUUACCCAACAAAAAACAAACAACCAGAAAAUUUCUCAAGAAGGAUCUGUCGACUAUGAUGGCUAAAUUUGCGGAUAUGGAUUCUAUUAUAGCCAAUAGUCUUUAAUUUUUGUUAAUCUUCCUCAGAUCUUUUUGUAAAGUUGCUACAAUCUGUAAGAUCAUUUCUCUGGAUAAAUUAUUUCACAUGUUAUCUUUAAUGAAAUGAUCAGAAGCAAAAAAGAAAAGCAUUUCGUUUGCA